CAGGAUAUUAGCCGAGCAAGGAUUGGGCUCAUUUCAAUUCAUACUUACCUUUAUCUUUAUACACAACACACUUAAUGGCGCCACAUCUCUCAUAAUGGACUCACAUGACCAAAGUCGCCGAAACCUCGGUCUUCUCGAGCGUCUCCAUCUCGAGAUUCUGCACCAAGUCAUCUACACACUGCCCAACGCUGAUAUCAAGAAUCUCCGCCUGACUUGCUCUUAUCUCGGGAACAUCUCUCUCCCACGUUUCAGCCGCACAUUCAUAUCCGCUAAUCCGCGCGACAUUGAGGUCUUUACCUUGAUUGCGAAUCAUGAUAUAUUUCGUCUCAAAGUCACCGAGAUCAUCUACGAUGACUCACGCUUUGAUCAUUCUUUGAGAAGAUGGUCUCCGGAUAUAAUUGAAGAAUAUGAUGACCCCACAACUCCACUCUACUGGUUUAGAGAGGCUUACAAUUCCAUUGUCAGAGGCAUUGACGCUGAAGAAGGGGAGAAUGAUUAUAUCCCUCACGUCAAGGAAGCUUUCAAGACUCGCUGCACCAUGCGUGAAUCAUGGGAAGUACAUUGCAAGCUUAAAUCGCAGCAAGAUGAAGUGCUUGUGUCAGGUCGCGACGCUGACGCUCUAAGAUAUGGUCUUUGGCGCUUUCCAAACCUGAAAAGAGUUACUCUGAGUCCUGCUGCUCAUGGCAUUCUAGGAAGACCUUUAUAUCCCACGCCUACUAUCAGAUCUUUCCCCGAAGGCCUGAUAUACCCUCUGGAACGUUGCUGGCCCAAACCAGACCCACUGGGAGACUACUCCCUUACCCCUUGGGAUAAAAUAUCGAAACAAGAAUGGCGUGGAUUCUGUGUCGUUACGAAAGAGAUCGCCCGCCAUAUUCGUGAGAACCCGGUGUUUGGCCUCUCCGAGUUCAUUGCGGAAGGUCGGCAGUUUUGGACAGGAAUCAACUGCCAUAUCUUUGACUAUCCAGUGAGGGAGGAGUAUCGCGACCUUGUCACUAUUCUAAGUCACCCUCCGCUCAGACGCUUGGAGUUAUCAUUCGCUUGCGGUGAAGAGUCCAAGCACAACUGGCCCUCUUUCCGUUCAGGCCGCCUCUUUAGAGCUCUGAGUAAAGCAACGAGCUUGCAGGAUCUUCGUUUUGAUACUCGCAUUCCCCUUCAGCACAGAAUAUGGCACCAAUUUGUAGACUACGCGCAGAACGGUAUGCCUCUGCAAAGCAUGUUUCCCAUCAACGCGUGGUCUAAUAUACGUCGCUUUGCGCUUUCUCGGUCUUUUGUCAGACAGAAAGAUGUCAUGGCCUUUAUUUCUACACUUCCAUCGUCACUCGAGUCGCUGGAGCUAAGUUUCCUCAGCUUCCUUCCUUGCGAGGGAACUUACAGGGAUCUAUUACAGGAUAUGCGCUGUAAUUCAGGGUGGAGAGAGAGGCCGGCGGGCAAUCGGCCGAAGCUUAUUGUAUUAGUUGUUGAGAAUGAAUCCUUGAUUAAUGGCGCUGCUAUGGACUUGAGUCAUGCGGCUAUGGACUACGUCUAUCACCACGGGGACAAUCCAUUUGUAGAGGAUCAGAUCUUGGAGGUUCUGGAGGGUAAAGGGACAUUAGUAGAUCUUCUUGAUCCAAUGUACGGCGAAGAAUUGUAUUAACGUAGGAUCGCGCCAGUCUAGUAAUUACAGUCCAUGGUUGUUGCAUAAGGCAUAGACCUCUCGUUCUUUGAUUGUACUAGUCAAAUGGCAUUCACAAACCCCCAAAGUUUAG